CUUUUUUCCACUGAUCUACUACUGUAAGAUAGUUUCAAUUUCCAGUGCACCUGCACUACUUACUACUACUAAUAUUAGUAUUGAUUGAAGUGUGUACGAAUUGCCCUAGUGAACUGAGGCUUUCCACUUCUGAUCACGUGUUAUUAAAUACUGUUGAUUUCCAUCACCCUUCUCUUUCGCGAAUCAUGGCCGGAACAAACUUACAAAUUGAGGACCAGACGGUUCAUAAACCGCGGCAGCGCCGGUCAACCAAGAACUUGAAACCUGGGUUCCGCGUCAUCAAAUUUCACCCAAAGAGAUCUACCACAAGUCGGCGCAAAGUCAAGCAAGAAACAUUGCCAUCGAAUCAUCGCCAUGACCAGUCUACCACACCUUCCGAGUCGCAAACCACCAUCUCCAGAUCCUUGGGCGUUUUGAAGAGCCAGCGCAUCAAUGAUUGGGAAUGGGAUUUUCUCAGCGACUUGCUGGUGUCAUCGUCGUCGCCGUCAUCAGCUACCAGUGUGGAAGACAGGAAAAGUACUUCAGAGCCCACGGUCAAUCAGUAUGAAGAAAGUCAUGGGGACACUGUCAUUGAGAGCGUACUCGAAGCCAACAGCCAUAAUGACUAUUUCAAACCGGACAAUAGCGACUCGGAGGAAUGUUCAUCAGGAGCAUGGCUGGACGGUUUACUUGAUUUUAGUGGCUUGAAUCAUGCCGCAAUGUGGCAAUAAGCUGCCAACCAAGAAUCGACGACCUAUAUGAGGCUUCUGGGGGGAAGCUCAGGAGUACCUAUGUGAUUUUCAAUAACUUGGAAGCCCAAGUCCCAGAUCCUCCAUCCAACUUCCAGCUGGAUCCAGGUCGUCAAAGAACAAAUCGCCAUGGGGUAGGAGCAUGGACUCGGCACUGUGCAAAUCGAACCGAUGAUUUUGGUCCAGCAUAUUGACCGAGCUCUCCAUAUCAUCAUGAUCUUGUUGCAAUUGCCUUGGGUUAAAAUUAGUAUCAGGAUGACUGGGAGGAAAAUUAGUCUCGGUGGGAUCGAAAGUCUGCCCCAGGAGAAAAUGCUGUUUGCAUAUUUCUGGACCAAAAUCGUCGAAAAAUGUCAUCAAGUCUCGUGACUGCUGCUCAGGUGCGUCGCCAAUGAAUGGGUGUCGCUCUGUAAGUCUUUGCAUCUCUUCCAAUGCCGCCAGAGCACCCACGGCAGAUCCCCAUCUGCCCUUCAGUUCCACCAGGGAGGAUCGAAUAAUGGACAAUGACUCUUUGGCCGUUGGAGCAAGUGAUCUGUACUGCAGUGCCGGAAUCUGCGCCAGGCCGGCCGCAAAGCCAUAGAAUGUAAAGACUGGUCCACAAUGGCAAAGCUCUCCCCGGUGGAGGAAAUCUUCAAAGAUACCCACCACAAAUGAAGACGCGACGAACGAGGCACAGGCGGAUUGAUUACGAUAUGCCUCGUGCCGGGCUAAAAUGACUAUCGUCACAAAAUAAGGGGCCAGCAACUGUCGAGCUUCGAAGUUGUAUGCUCGCAAUCUUUUCGGGGAUCCAUGGAAAAGCCGGAGUUCGUCAGGUAACUCUUUGGCCCAACGGUAGAGGGCGUUUUCAAGAUUGGUUCGUGUCGUUCUUGUUAGUGUUUUGCGUCGGAUAUGCUCUGUCAAAUCUGCCAGCAAGCGGAUGAUGCGAGAGAAUGCCACAAACAGUCGUGCCUUUGCACCUUGCACUGCAAAAUCAAGAACGGUCGGAGGAGAGACGUCGCUAUCCGCAAAGUUGAUGGUUCUCGGCCUUCCUGUGCCGAUUGAGAUAAUGUCAUCUCUAGACUAUAUAAAAUCAUGUCAGGGCGUGUCGCAUUGCUCGUAGAAUGUUUGAUGUAAGAGAGGACGAUGCUUACCACUAUGGACCACCACAACCUACGUCGCAGCUCCUUGUCCUUCUGCGCAACUGGUUCUCUGUGCAAUCCAACUUGGUACGCCAUACCGGCAGCAAUACGAAUCCAAAAGCCACUUGUGCUUGUUGAUAUGUGCUCUGGGCCAGUCGGAUUGUACCAUUGAAUCAAAGUGACCGCGAUGAUGGAGGUCAACGUGUCAAUCUCGUGGCCCAGCAUGAAUAGCAGUCUAGC